AUGAUGAGGGCGGGGUCGGGGCCGCCCCUGGACGCCGCGCAGCGGGCCGCUCUAGGCGGGGGCGUGGUGAAGGGGGAGAUUUCGAGAGCGGCGGGGGCGGGGCAAGAGGAGUCGUUGAGGAAGCGGCCGAGGGAAUCAUGGAGCGGAUUGGGCGACCCCGCCGGCCCUGGGCUCACCGUCAAGACGGGCGGGAGGGGGAGUGGCCGGGCGGGGGGGCAGUCCCAAGGCCCCGCUUCGCCGGCGGGGGGCUUGUCUACCCCCGGUGGCAAGAAGGACAGGGUCCCCAACCACUGGUGGGAGCUCGAGCUUACCGCGGAGGGGCCGAUGCUGUACCCUACCUCCAACUGCCACGAGUGGACGAGCGAUAACGGCAUCGAGCACCGCAUCAUGGAGAUCGAGUUCCAGCACGGAUGCGAGGUGAAACCGCCGAAGGACCGUCUGAUCAAGGACUUCACCCUGAACUGGAGACCGAACAGCGACAUCGUGUACGUGUUCGAGACGGAGCAGUCCGGUUUCUUCGGACUGGUCCUGGGAAUGUUCGAGAAGCAGACGGUGACGCACAACAAGAUGUUCCUGUACCGACAGAUGCAAGCCCAGCCAUGGCCGGUGCGGGGGGACCGCGGAUGGAACGGUGGAGGGGGGCCAGCGGAGACGACGCAGAUGCGAUCGGCGUGGCUGUUCAACGACCCGUGCACCGGUCAAUGGACGAUCGCCCUCGACUACCAAUCGCAACCUUCGUCGCCCAUUUACCAGUACAACUUGCCGCCCGAGUACACUCGCCAGGGCACGCCGUGCAUGGACCCCAGCACCUUCAACGGCAACUCCGUCAAGGUGAAGGGCUGCACCACCCUCAUCCCCCCCAUCGAGGUGCUUCUCCUCUCGGAGAACUCGGUCCGCGAGGUGUGCGGCGCGGUGUGGGUGGGGUGCUUUACCGCCAACCCCCCCGAGGUGGCGUUCGACCUCCUGUGCAGGCUCAUGAGCAUGACGGAGAGCCUUCACCUGACGGACGAGAGCGAUCGCUACGCGGCAGAAGUCUUCGACUCCCAACGCGCCGAGAUCCUGUCGUUCUUCCUUGUCGGCAUCUACGAGGACCCCGCUGAUAGAGUGGUCCGUCGCGAGCACUACCUGGCUUUCAUGGAGUGGUUCGUGUACACGCUGCCACAGGUGGCCCUUCCCGUCAAGAUCUGGCGCAUGUACCGAGCCCUGCGCGACGACAACAUCCCGUUCGUGUCGUUUCCGCUCUCCCAAGACAAGAGCGCGUUCUACUCCCACCGACAGGCCAUGUCUGGACCGGCCAUCCCCGGGCGGUUCAGCUUCCGGUUCUCUCGACAGCCGUCGUGCAUUACCGUGGACUACACUGUUCAGGCUAGGGCGGUGGAAGGAAGGCCUCAGGCGACGGUGAUGAGCUAUCGCAUCAAGAUUAGCGCCAUCGACGUCAGGGGGGUGAUGCUGCGCAUCGAGAAUCUGCUCCUCCGCGGGGACGAACAAGUCGCCCAAGGCAGAGUCCUCGAGGAAACCUCUCUCGUCCAGGGACCGGUGGAGAACGGCGGGGGAGGGGGAGGCAGCAGCGGCGGCGGCGGGGGCGGGGGAGUCGGACCGUCGGCCUCCUCUAGUUCGCAGAACGGGGCCCAGCACGAGGCUGGGCUUGGUCCUCUAGGAAGCCUAGAGCGCGUCAUCGCCCAAGUGGACAUGGAGGAGAGCGGCGACAGCGGCGCCGGCGUCAGCCGACAAGAGCACGCGAGGCCGCCGGUCCACGGCGGGUACCCCAACUCAAGGGGCGGCAGCACCGGCAGCGGCGGCGGCGGGGGGGGCGUCGGCUCGAGUGCGGGCGGAGGGUGGACAGACAUGUUCCAGGGCAUGACGGUAGAGCUCGCCCAGGAGCAGGCCGCGCAGCUCCACCACGGCCAGCAGCAGCGCGGCGGUGGGGGGGGAGAAGGGGGCCCCGUGGGAAGACCCGGCGAUCACCACCACCACCGCAUGGCGGCGGACCACUCCGUCUCCGGCGGCGGCGGCGGCGGCGGGCACCAGGGUGGUCGACAGGGGCAGAGGGUGGGGGACGGCGGUAUGCCAGGGGGAAAGGGGGACCGACGGGGGGGGGCACCGCAGUUUUCCCAGCAGCACGGUGGUCCGGGACCCUCGACUUCAUCCUCUUACAUGUGCGGUCCUGCGGUGGGGAGGAUGUCCGUCCAAACGGGGGACACGUUGAGUUUCUUCGACGACCCUCCCCAGGGCAACCAGGUACAGCACCAGCUGCCUGUCGGGGGAGCCGCGGGGCACGGGGGCGCGAUGAACCUCGAGUACGUGGAGUUCCCCAAUUUCCAUGAACUCCUCGUGUUUUUCGGGCGCACCCUGACGGAACGGUACGAUACCUCGCGGGAGGAGCAAGAGACCAUCCCUUCGCCGAUGUACAUGCACAACAUGGACGAGUGA